AUGCAACAUUUUGUUUAUGUUGUUGUCUUUUCAAACCCAAUAUUGGAGAUCAAACUGGUGGUGAUUCUUUUACAAGGACUUGUGUUUUGUGGGCAUGAUGAAUAUGAAAAUUCAAGUAACCAAGGAAAUUUUCUUGAACUUCUCAAGUUUCUUGCUGAUCAUAAUGAAGAUGUCAAAGUGGUUGCAUUGAGCAAUGCUCCACAAAAUCUCAAGUUGACAUCUCCUGAUAUUCAAAAAGACAUUGUAAAUGUGGCCGCAUUUGAAACUAUCAAUGUGAUAAUUAGAGAUCUUGUUUCUAAUGUGGUGAAUGUUGUUGGAGCAUCAUGUAAACGCCGAGAUAUUGUUAGGGAGAAGCAAGCUGCAAAAGUUGCUAAGGCACUUAAUACUAGAGAGCUAUCUAGUGGUCAAGGUUUAAAUCAAGAAACUAAUCUUAAACGUACUGGUGAUACACGUUGGGGUUCACACUAUGGUCCUUUAGUCAGCUUGGCUAGUAUGUUUUCAACAGUGAUUGAUGUGCUGGAAAUGAUUUCAGAGGAUGGUUCAAAUUCAGAAAAAUGA